CAGUUACGUUUUGAAUUGCGCGCUGAAUGGUUGGUAAAUUUACUGUGCCUAGCCAGUGUUGUGUGUAGUAUUAUCGAAGAAUCGAUCGCCUCCCGUGCAGUGAUUUGAGUAAAACGCCGCGUGUGAUUAGUGUAUUAUUAUUGUGGUGCCCACACACAACCCAAGCCGCCGCAUCGUUUCCAUUGUCAUCGUUUGCAUUCGCGUGGCAGCCGCAGAUUUUUCGUUAUCAACACUCGCACCGCCGCUCGUUGCAUCCGAAACGUCAACAAACUGCUCGCUGCUGCCGCCGCUAGCGCUGGUGUCUGGUGCCCGUGAGCCCGAGUGUGUGUGUGUCUAUAUGGAGAUUGGAAGCUGCCGUCGCGCGUAGAGAAGAGCAUAAUCAAAACAACCUGAAGGGAAGGCCAAACAAGUUUUGCGCAUCCCGCUGCUGCUGCUGGUCUGGUACUCUUCAAUCUUGGUAGUGGUGGUGGUGGUUGUUGUUGUGUACCAGUGUAAAGUUCGCACCUGUGCGACCCAAAGUGUACGUGUGUAUUUGUUUGUUUGAGUGUGUGUGUGUAGUGAAAACACAAGGCAAAAAGGGCACAAAAAAUAUCCCACCCGGUUUAUAUUGACCGUAAACAGUGGUGCAGUGAAGAAGCACACAGAAACCCAUCAUCCAGUUGCCCCGCGCUCUGUCAUCAAAACAAAAACAGUUGCUGGCGGGCGAAGAGGACGCCGAACUGACAAAAAGAGAAGAGCGCGGAGAUAGUGAGAGCAAAUCUGUCCUCCGCGCGUUGCACAGAUAAAUACGGGGACACAAGGAAAAACGUGACAGCGAGAAUUUGGCUCCAUAAUAAGGUGAAUCAUUAAUGAAUCAUGAAUGAACGAGAAUUUUUAAACGCUGCCAUGCGUCGCCACCGGUCAGAUUUCCUUCAGCAUCUUUGAACUGCUGAUAAGACGACGACAGGCCCAGAGAGAGGGCACAAACCAGCGUUCGGCGUCAAGCGCUGUUGACCAGUGCGGUAACUGGUACUGUUAUUGUUUUCGAUUAAAUGGCCGUUUGGCGUGAAUGGUGUGAAUAACAGUUGUGGAAUUAUACUCGAACAUGUACCGACCGCAGCUAAAACCAACCGAAAACAUACGGGAAAAAAUGAAACUUUUCGAGCAAGAUGCCAACCUGGAGUGCGUUGGCCAGCGGAGAAGAUUCUCGGACACAGUGAGCGCGGAGGAGGCCGUCUCGGAAAGCGGCGACAGCUCGUUUUCAAAGGAUUCUUAUCACCAAACCAUCAGCUCGGCAACGUACCAGCUGGGACCCGAAACGGAUAGAAUGAUGCCACCGAUUAACCACGCAGCAGCAUCUGGGGCCAUGACCGAUGCCCAGGGGCUUAUCGUGCCCAAAAAGAUCACCAACCCCUGCCUGGAGUCAAUGGACCGACAGAACCUGCACCGGGAACUGAUGUUCAACCAGAAAAUGGGCAAAAACGUGCUGAACCAAAAAUCCGAACUCCAGCGAGCCCUCGAGAAGCAGAAGGAGCGCCAGGUACUGGCCGCGCAGAACCUCGCCAAGCAGCAGGCCCAGGAGCAAUCAAUCGCCAACGAACUCGGUCGGGUGAUAAUGCAACGAGCGGCACGUCUUGAGCAGAAGAACCUGGCGGCGGCAGCCGCUGGCAACCAGCAGGACCAGGCCGAUUCCAUCAAUCCGGAGUAUCUGAAUGCCCGUGCGAAAUUGCGUGCCACAACGGCGGUCUUCUCGAAAUAAGUGUCAAACCUAUUUCCACCUCCCUAUAAGUCCCUUCCUCGCCUUGCCCCCACUCCUCAGAGCAUUUGUUUUCUUUCUAUUCUGCUGUCCAUCAGUAGUAGCGAUGUAAGAUUGAUUUUAGCCUGUAACAUUGACGAACUCGAAGUAAUUUUAGUGAUAAGUUUCCCCCUCCCACUAUUUUAAUGUUUAAGUUUUAACACCUAGACGACCCGAGUGAUAACGACACAAAUGAUUUCCGUUCUGCGUAUGGAUGCGCGUGUGGAUGUGAGGAGUCUCAACGGAUGUUGAAUAUCUGACACAGAUUUUGCAAUUAUCUUAGAUAAAUGGGAGAGAGAGAAACGGAUCCGGAGGUGCACAGAAACGAAGGAUUUUUUCGGUUUCGGCGAGAACGGUGCUCUGCUUUUGAGAUCGUAAUAUUUAAGGUUACGAUCGGAAGAGCAGGGCCGCAUGCUUUAAGUAGUUAUAAUGAGUUAUUUUUUUAUAAUUCUUUUACUUUUAGAUAGAAUGAUCUGUUGAUUGGAUAAAUGAGAGGAAACUAGUUUACGUUCGAAAAAGAAAGAGAGAGAGAGAGAGCGGAAGGAUUUCGGGGAAAUAAUCGAAGCAAAAUUGUGAUACAAAACGAAACAAAACAAACAAUAACUGCAGCACUCGUUGAUGGCAGAAAAUUUCCCGGAGAUCCUUCGCAAGUGAGCGUAGUGAAAAUUUUCCAAACUAAGCCGCAAGGGAAUAUUAACACUAACAGAUAAGCGUCAGAUACCAUAUUCAUUGUAGUGUAAGCUAAAAUAACAGAACAAACUCGUAAAUAAGACGGAUGGAACUGCUAGCAGCACGCAAUCAUCAUCAUAAUACUCAAACAAUAAAAUCAAACAAGAAAACAUGCAUGAAUGUAACGGAGUUUAGUGUUACACGACAUUCUCCAACCAUCAUAUCUACCCAAACCACCUCCCAUCGUAACAUACAACCAUCAAAUCCCACAUCAAAGUGUAAAAGUAGAAGUAACGCAAGUUAACAGAGAGAACCACCUUUUCCACAAAAACUGAGUAGACGAUCCAGCUAUGUACACACCCAAAAGACUCUUGGAACCCGACUUUGGCCUUGUUAGAAAUUCGUAUUUAGAGAGAAAGUAAGAACAACAGAACACUAUUCAUAUAUAGAGAACUUUUACCACACAACGCCACAACACGAACCGCCUGUCUCCCGUGUUUUUUGGAAACAACAAUAACUGCAGUCAAAAGUAGGACCGUUCUGUAAGUAUUUAUUGGGAAACGAUAUUAGGUAGUACGACCAAAAAAAAAACAUACAAAAAAGGAAAAUUUGUAGGAGAGGAAAACAUUGAUGUUUGUUCACUGUUGGUAGAACGAGUUUACAUAAUGUACCAUUAACCCACGUAGGUUUAGAGCUUAUGUGGAAAGUAGUGAUUGAUUGAUGAUGAUGGGUUAUAAACAGAAAAAAAAACCGAUGAUGUGUAGUGUUGUAGCGACAGUUCUAGCGAUUUUACAUUCGUGCGUUAAAAGUAAAAUAUUAUUUUAAAUGAGCAAUAAAAUGA